AGUUAUUUCGCGAUUUUUUGCAUGUAAGAAGUAAUUAGCAACGUGCCUUCUUUUUCUAAAUGACACGUAAUAAUAUUUUUGUGAAACACUCCAAAAAUACUUAUUUCACUGUUAAGUGUAGUGUUAUGUUCGAAUUCUACAAAAUCCAAAACGAUAUCAAAAUGUUUAAAGAAGUCGGAGCUUGCAAUGGCGCCACACAGUUGUAAGCUGUGUCUGAGUGAUAUUUUUGCUAUAAUGGCAGAAGGCGAGAAAAAGUUAGCAAGAGAAGUUAAUGGAGUGACGGAAAAUGGCUUCUCAGAUAGUCCAUCAAUGCCAUGGUUCGGCAUGGACAUAGGGGGAAGCCUAUGCAAAUUAGUUUAUUUUGAACCAAAGGACACUACCAAAGACGAGGUAGACUCAGAAGUGGAAACAUUACGCAACAUCAGACGCUAUUUGACAAAAAAUUCGGCUUACGGAAAAACCGGACAUCGAGACACACAUUUGCAGAUGAACGAUGUUCAUAUACGGGGUAGAAGAGGAACCUUGCAUUUUAUUCGAUUUCCUUCGAGCGAAAUGGUUAAUUUUUUGGCCUUGGCUAAAUCAAAGGGGAUGGCCAACUUAGUAACGACAGUUUGUGCGACCGGUGGAGGUGCCUUUAAAUUUGAAGAAGACUUUAGAAGGGAAGUCAACAUGAAACUAGAAAAAUUCGAUGAAUUCGAUUCGCUUCUAAAAGGGUUGCAAUUUGCGGACGCACAGAACCCAUCAGAAUGUUAUUACUGGGCCAACCCCACUGACGACACCACUUGUGCUAAAGUUCCAUACGAUUUCUCCAAUCCGUACCCCUUCCUAAUAGUAAACAUCGGUUCCGGUGUUAGCGUCCUGGCCGUUUACUCAGCCACAGAUUACAAACGGAUAUCAGGAACAAGUUUAGGAGGUGGCACGUUUUUGGGGCUUUGUUGUUUGCUGACUGGAUGUAAUACUUUUGAAGAUGCCAUCCAAUUAGCCGCGGAAGGUGACAAUACAAAUGUCGAUAAAUUGGUGCGUGAUAUAUAUGGCGGAGACUACGAGCGGUUCGGUUUACCGGGAGAUUUAGUUGCGAGCAGUUUCUCCGCCUUGUGUAGUUUUGGACAAAUGAACUGUCGGGAGAGGCGCAGUAAAGUGAGUCGACAGGAUCUAGCGAGGGCAACACUGGUUACUAUUACUAACAAUAUCGGAUCAAUUGCAAGGAUGUGUGCCACGCAGGAAAAGAUAGACAGGGUAGUUUUCAUCGGUAAUUUUCUCCGAGUGAACCCCAUCGCUAUGAAGCUCCUAGCGUACGCCAUGGAUUAUUGGUCAAAGGGAACAAUGAAAGCCCUCUUCUUAGAACACGAAGGUUAUUUUGGUGCAAUUGGCUGUUUACUUCAAUUUCAUGACGCUAGAAGUUGAAUGCAUCUGAACCUUUACGUUAUGAACAUUCCAGUGAAGGUGUCGGAUUUUAGUACAAAAUAAAAUAAUGUUGGACAUUUUAGCGAAAAUGGUUAAUAAAAACCAUACUAUUGGCGUUUUAUUGUAGAUUUUGUACACUGCUUUUAUAUAUUUAAAAAAUAGUGACGUUUGAAGGUGUAGAGGUUUUUAACUAUGUUUUUCUAUGUUAAAAUUUUAUACAUUUUUUAAUAAAUCUUCAUAAACAAGAAUUUCAAGGUGUUGGCCAAAUACUGGUACGCGAAUGACGCACAUGUUUUUUGUUUGUUAUGUUUCGUUGUAAAUGUAAAUUAUAUGGCACAGAAUCAAUCAUCUGUAAUUAAUUAUAAUUUUAUUAAUAAUAAUUUAUCUGUGGAAAUGAAAAUCAGUUUACUUAUGUAAAAUAUAUUAUUUUACUUA